AUGAAAACAUUCACUCUUUUUCUAAAAGUGAAAAGAAAAUUAAUAAUUUCCCUAACCCUCUCUCUCUCUCUCUCUCUCUCUCUCUCUCUCUCUCUCCCUCAUGUUUUCUUCUCAAUAUUUUUACUUGUUUUUUUUCUUCUAAUUUCCUUCAUUUCUUUUUGCAUUUGUUUUUUCUUUCUUCCACUUUCUUCUUUUUUACUUCAUUUUUAUUGUGCUCUUUCCUAUUCACAUCCACACAUUGUUAAUUGCUUCUUUCUUUUUAAUCUCUGUUCUUUUUAUUCUUUGCUUAUUUCUUUCACUUUGCUUAUUUUUGUCUUAUUCUCUCGUCUCUCUUCUUAUUUUUCUUUACUGUUUUCUUCUUCUUUACUGAUUUCUUUCUCUUGUUCUGUAUUGUUUCUUCUUUGCUUAUAUUUUUCUUCAAUCUUCUCUACUCUUUCUUUUUCAUCUCUUGUUUAUUUUUUGGUGUUAUUGUUGUUGUUCUACUCUUCUUUUUUUUCUCUUCUUCUUUUCUUUCUUUUUACCCAUUGUUUGUUCUUUCUCUUUUUUCCCCCUUCUUUUUCUUUUACAUUUUCUUUCUUCUCUUUCUAUUCUUCUCCUUUUUAUUACAGCCUUCCUUAUUCUCCUAUAUUCAUUUUUGAUUACCUUCUUCUUCUUUUCCUUUUUCUUCUUUUUUCUUUAUUUAUUCUUUCUUUUCUUCCUCUUGUUCUCAUUUUUAUCUUUUUCUUUCUUUACAAUUUUUAUUUAUGUUUCCUUGUUAGAAUUCUUUUUAUACUUUCAUUCAUUUUUUCUUCUUUUCAUUCUUACUGUAUCUUUCUUUUGACGUCAUUCAUUUUGCUUUCUUCUCUUUUCCAUGCCAUUCGUGUUCAUUUUCUUUGGGUUUUUUUUUCUCCUUCUUUUUCAUUCACCACUAUUUUCUACCUCACUAUUAUUCUACACUUGACAUUUGACACAAGCAAAAUUUUUUUUUCUGUCUUCGCCUUGUUCUUCACAACAUCAUCAUCAUAUUCUUUUUCUUUGUUGCUUUCUCUUUCUUCUUUGUUGCUUAUUUUUUGUUCUUGCUCUCAUUUUGUAUUUCUCCUUCCUUUUUGUUUUCUUCUUCUUCUUCUUUUUCAUCUCCUCCUCCUCCCCUUCUUCUUCUUCUUCAUCAUCAUCUCCUCCUCCUCCUUCUUCUCCUUCUUCUUCUUCUUCUUCUUCCACUCCUCCUCCUCUUACUCUUACUCCUACUCCUGCUCCUACUCCUUCUUCUUCUUCAUCAUCAUCUCCUCCUCCUCCUCCUACUACUACUACUCCUUCUUCUUCUUCAUCUCCUCCUCCUCCCCUUCUUCUUCUUCUUCUUCAUCAUCUCUUCCUACUACUACUACUACUACUACUCCUCCUUCUUCUUCAUCUCCUCCUCCUCCCCUUCUUCUUCUUCUUCAUCAUAAUCUCCUCCUCCUCCUCCUUCUUCAUCAUCAUCUCCUCCACCUACUCCCCCUCCUUCUUCUUCAUCUCCUCCUCCCCUUCUUCUUCUUCUUCUUCUUCAUCUCCACCUUCUCCUUCUCCUCCUCCUCCUCCUCCUUCUUCUUCUUCUCUAAUCUUUCUUGGCCGAUUUCUAACCUCCCCUCUAUUUUAAUAUCAUCCUUUCUUUCUUUCUUUCUGCUUACUUGCUUACUUUCUGUAAUUCAUUCUCUCUCUCUCUCUCCUUCUCUCUUUUUUGCCUGCUUUUUUCUGUUUUCUUUCUUUCUUUCAUUCCUGCUUGCUUUCUUGCCUGUGUUCUUUCUUUCUUUUGCUUGCUUGCUUUCUUUCCUUCCUUCUUUCUUUCUUGCUGGCUUCUCUCUCUCUCUCUUUCUUGCUUGCUUUCUUUCGUUUUUGCUUGCUGUCUUUCCUUUCUUCUUUCCUUCCUUCUUUCUUUCUUGCUUGCUUCUUUCUCUUUCUUUCUUGUCUACCUUCUUUCAUUCUUUUUUCCUUGCUUUCUUUCUUUCUUGCUUGCUUGCUUUGCUUUCUUUCUUUCUUUCUUGCUUGCUUGCUUGCUUUCUUUCUUUCUUUCUUUCUUUCUUGCUUGCUUUCUUUUUUUCUUUCUUGCUUGCUUCUUUCUCUUUCUUUCUUGCCUACCUUCUUUCUUUUUUCCUUGUUUGCUUUCUUUUUUGCUUGCUAGUAAACAUUCAUUCUUGCUUGUUUGUUUUUCCCUCUCUCUUUCAUUCCUCCUUUCUUUCUUUCUGUCUUGCUUUCUUUCUUUCUUUCUUUCUGUCUUGCUUUCUUUCCUUCUUGCUUUCUUCUUUCCCACUCUCUCUCUCUUUCUUUCUUUUUUGCUUGCUUUCCUUAUUUCUUACAUUAUAUCUUUCUUUCUUUCUUUCUUGCUUGAUUGUUUGCUUUCAUUCUUUCUCUCUGUCUUUCUUUCUUUCUUUCUUUCUCUUUAUAUAUCUGAUCUACAUCUUUGAACAAAAACUUUCUUCUUCUUCUUCUUCUUUUUCUUCUUCUUCUUCUUCUUCUUUUUUUCUUUCGUCUUCUUCUUCUUCUUCUUCUUCUUCUUCUUCUUCCCCUUUUCUUCUUCUUCUUCAAUGUGCUAUGUCACUUCAGAAUGUUGGAAUUCGUAGCUCUCCACAACUUUCUAUCCUUUGA